AUGGAGCCCUCCUCAGCCUCUCCCUGCAAAGGUCACAUCCCAUGGCAGGGACUCCUGCUCACAGUUUCACUUUUAACCUUCUGGAUCCCACCCCACACUGCUCAACUCACUGUUGAAUCAGUGCCCUUCAAUGCUGCUGAAGCGCAGGAUGUUCUUCUGCUAGUCCACAACCUGCCAGAGAAUCUUCUAGCCUAUCACUGGUACAAAGGGCAAGGAGUGCUCAACAACCAACUUAUUAUAUCAUAUGUUAUAUAUAAUCAAGUAAAUAUCUCAGGGCCUGCAUACAGCGGUCGAGAGAGAGUAUUCCCAAAUGGAUCCCUACUGUUCCAGAAUGUCACUGUGGAGGACACAGGAUACUACACACUACAAACCACAGAUGCGUAUCUCAGCACUGAGCAAGUAUCCGGACAGUUCCAUGUAUACUUGGAGUUACCUGAGCCCUCUGUCACAAGCAACAACUCCCACCCUGUGGAGGACAAGGACUCUGUGGCAUUAACAUGUGAACCUGAGACUCAGGACACAACCUACGCGUGGUGGGUAAAUGGUCAGAGCCUCCAGCUCAGUUCCAGGCUAAAUCUGUCCGCGGACAACAGGACUCUCACUUUACUCAGUGUCAUGAGGAAUGACACAGGACCCUAUGAAUGUGGAACCCAGAACCCAGUGAGCACUGGCCGCAGUGACCCAGUCACCCUGAAUAUUUCCUAUGGCCCGGACACCCCCACCAUUUCCUCCCCAGACUCACCUUACCGUACAGGAGCAAACCUCAUCCUCUUCUGCUACGCGGCCUCUAACCCACCCGCACAGUAUUCGUGGCUUAUCGAUGGGAGGCCCCAGCAAUCCACCCAAGAGCUCAUUAUCCCCAACAUCACUGUGAAUGAUAGUGGAUCCUAUACCUGCCUUGCCUAUAACUCUGCUACAGGCCUCAACAGGACCACAGUCAAGACGAUCACAGUCUAUGCGGAGUUACCCAAACCCUCCAUCACAAGUAACAACUCCCACCCUGUGGAGGACGAGGACUCUGUGGCAUUAACGUGUGAACCUGAGACUCAGGACACAACCUACGUGUGGUGGAUAAAUGGUCAGAGGCUCCAGGUCAGUCCCAGGCUGGAUCUGUCCCUGGACAACAGGACUCUCACUUUACUCAGUGUCACGAGGAAUGACACAGGACCCUACGAGUGUGAAACCCAGAACCCAGUGAGCACCAGCCGCAGUGACGCAUUCACCCUGAAUAUUUCCUAUGGCCCGGACACCCCCACCAUUUCCUCCCCAGACUCAUCUUACCGUACAGGAGCAAACCUCAGCCUCUUCUGCUACGCGGCCUCUAACCCGCCCGCACAGUAUUUGUGGCUUAUCAAUGGGAGGUCCCAUCAAUCCACACAAGAGCUCAUUAUUCCCAACAUCACUGUGAAUGAUAGUGGAUCCUAUACCUGCCUUGCCUAUAACUCUGCUACAGGCCUCAACAGGACCACAGUCAAGACGAUCACAGUCUAUGCGGAGUUACCCAAACCCUCCAUCACAAGUAACAACUCCCACCCUGUGGAGGACGAGGACUCUGUGGCAUUAACGUGUGAACCUGAGACUCAGGACACAACCUACAUGUGGUGGAUAAACGGUCAGAGGCUCCAGGUCAGUCCCAGGCUGGAUCUGUCCCUGGACAACAGGACUCUCACUUUACUCAGUGUCACGAGGAAUGACGCAGGACCCUACGAGUGUGAAACCCAGAACCCAGUGAGCACCAGCCGCAGUGACGCAUUCACCCUGAAUAUUACCUAUGGCCUGGACACCCCCACCAUUUCCUUCCCAGACUCAUCUUGCAGUACAGGAGCAAACCUCAGUCUCUUCUGCUACUCAGCCUCUAACCCACCCACACAGUAUUCGUGGCUUAUCAAUGGGAGACCCCAGCAAUCCACACAAGAGCUCUUUAUCCCCAACAUCACUGUGAGUGAUAGUGGAUCCUAUACCUGCCUUGCCUGUAACUCUGCCACAGGCCUCAACAGGACCACAGUUAAGACAAUCACAGUCUCAGUAACAGGAAGUUCUCCAGGCAUUUCAGCUGGGUUGCUUGUUGGCAUCGUGAUUGGAGGAGCAGAGAUCCUGGACUUUGGAAUAACAGUCACAGUGUCUGAUAUUUAUUUAGGGCAAGUGACCAGCACAAUCAGACAGAGCACAAACCCUCAGCCUCCAACCACAGCUCAACACAGAUGGAGAAAGGACAGCAGAGCUGACACACCCCAGCUGCAGUGCUGUGAGCAUUUCCGGAGCCGAAGCUCUUCUCCACAGAGGGAGGACAGAGCAGGCAGCAGAGACCAUGAGGCCCCCCCCCCAGACCCUCCCCACAGACAGCACAUCCCCUGGCACAGCCUCCUGCUCACAGCCUCACAUGAAACCUCCUGGAACCCUCCCACCACUGCCCAACUCACUAUGGAAUCUGUACCAUUCAAUGCUGCUGAAGAGAAGGAUGUUCCACAGUCUUGUCCACAAUCUGCCAGAGAAUACUCAAGUUAUGUCUGGAACAAAGGAAAAAGGGUAGGUGCUAAUCUCAUUGCAGCAUAUAUAAUAUACACUCAAGUAAAUACCCUAGGGCCUGCAUACAGCAGUCAAAAGACAUUAUUCCCCAAUGGAUCCCUGCUGUUCCAGAACGUCACCCGGGGGGACACAGGACACUACACACUACAAAUCGUAGAUGCAAAGCUCAGCACUGACCAAGUAUCUGGACAGUUCCACAUACACCAUAAGUGA